UGAGCGGGUGCCUCGAAAAGACCAUUUUCCAUCUCCAGGAGGAAUUGCGAUUGUAUUUGGAGCGCAUUUGGAUCGGAUUUGAAUGGUUUUGACAAGAGGAGAUACGGAGCCAGAAGAAGACGUCAAGUGAACUCUUAGGCUUAUUUAUAGAUAUUUUUAAUUAAAAGGGACGCAGCCAUGAGUUCCUUGCCGGAGGCCACUCGUUCCCUUGUGCAAGUGUUCAAUGGGAAGCUGCAGGAGUUUAAUAAUGAAAUUGAGACGAUUCACAUGGUAUGGCUGGAGGAGAUUCAGCAGGAGGCUAAACGCAUGUUCUCCAGUGACUUUAGCACGGAGCCAGAGCUUAUGCCAAAGACUCCAUCACAGAAAAAGACGAACCGCAGGAAACGGGUGUCCACAGAGCUCAGUGAGGCUCGUAGCAAAAGACGUUUCUCUAAGGGGAAGCGCAGUAACCUGCGCCGUUCCUCGGUCCAGCUCACUUUAAAUUCAAUCUCCGAGUUGGUGAAUACACAAGUACCCAGUAACAGUAUAGACAGUGUGGUUGAGGAGCCUGUUCGCCGCACACGCCGCAAUAAAGCUGCUGUAGCUGAAAACAGCGAGCCGGUUAAACGGAGCACACGCAACAAAGCGGCUGCCAAAGUAAAGGAGCAGUCUGAGAAGGUGGAGGAGGAGCUGCCAGCUGCUCCACUGUCACCUGAGGAUAUUUCAAUGGAAAGGGGGCAUGUGGUAGAAGAGUCAAGCAGCUCUUCGUCUCCUGUGCAAACACUGGUGUCUGAGGUCAUGGUGAAAAUCCCCUCGACCGAGCGUCUUUCUGCUGAAAAAGUGCCCCAGUGCUCUACCUCUCCAGGCCGCACUGCACAGAAGAUUACCAUCGCAGCUGCAGGUGGCCAGGCGUCAACACCGAGCUCGGGCAGACACUCCUUGGUGGUGCGGCGCUCUCUGGCAGGUCUCAGACACAGCAUGACUCAGGAAGCAGUACGUCGUGCUUCUAGACGUUCGUUUCUGAAGAAGAAAGCCAGACUGGGCAACUCAACAUGCAGCAGCACCAUCAGUGGAGAUAUUUCUGUAAACAUAGAACCGGAGGAAAAUGAGGAAGUGGUAGGGGAGAUGAUGGAGGAGGUGGGUAACCAGGAAGAGCCACCAGCUGGAUCUAAUGCUGAAACAAGCCCAACUCAGCCUGAGGUGCUUAAUCAGGAGCCUGAGCCAGAAAUGGAGGAAGCUCCCAUAUUAGUAGAGGAAGAGAUUGCAGAAUCUCCCAGUGUCCAGGAAAACUACCGUGUCACACGCUCUAUGGCUCAGCCCUCAGGAUCAGAUGAUGGUGAGAAAAAUACCCAGGAUGAUGUUCGGGCCUCUCGCUCAGCUGUCAAACGUGCAGCUGCAGAAGCGGAAGCAAUCAGUACCCCCAAGAAGAAGCACUCUCCUCCAAAGAAGUGCAUGACUGGUAUCACACCCGGCAUGCGCUCCUUCCUGCACACCGUGCAAAAGAACCAGCUGCUGAUGAUGACCCCAACCUCCCUUGGUCGUACCUCCGUCAUGAAAUCCUUUAUUAAACAGAGCGGAAAACUGGAAGUCAAGUUGAGCACUGGCUCAGUGGAACGGGAACGGCAGAAAUGGGAUGCUCUUAGCAAGAAGCUUGAACAAGAAAAUGAAAGAAAGAAAAAGCUGGAGGAGGAGCGAAGAAAGAAACAAGAAGAAUUGAAAAAGAAACGGGACGAGCGUUUGAGACGCGUAGUGGAGGCUAGGGUGAAAGGAGAAAAGGAGAAGGAGCAGGAAAAGAAAAAGAAGAUAGAAGAGAAAAUGGCACAAAUAGAGAAGAAAAAUGACAUGCUGCGUGUGGAGCGGCUCGCUGAGGAGAAAGCGAAGAAAAAGGUGGCAACCAAGCGCCAAGAGGAAUUGGAACUUCGCAGGAAACAGGAAGAAGCAGCUCGCAAGAAAAAGCUUCAGCAAGCUGAGGAGGAGGAGAGGCGUCACCAGGAACUAUUGGCCAAACGUAAGGCCGAGGAGGAGCGGGAGAAGGCACGCAAACAAGCUGAGGCUGCUCGUGCCCUGGAGCUCAAGAAGGAGCAAGAACGGGAACGUGAGCGUGAGAGGCAGCGUGAGGAAAAAGAAAAAGAGCGGGAACGUCAGGCUGCUGCUGAGAGGGAGCGGGAGAGAGUGGAGCGGGAGAAGGCCAUAGCUCUUCAGAAAGAAUUGGAGAGAGCAGCUAAGGAGAGGAAAGAGCUAGAGGAGAAGAGGAGGAAGGAGGAGGAGCAGAAAAGGGCUGAGGAGGAAAGACUGGUCAAACAGAUACAUGCUGCUGCUGCUGUACCCCCUGCAGCCACUACUGUUGUAAACCUGCCUGUCAACAAAGCGCUUAACACCACAAUUACACACAGUCCUGCACUAAAUGUUACUGUAGAUAUUGAGCAUUCAGUCAUGAAAACUCCUGUGGGCAAAGGGACAACUCAUAACAAGACUAUUGACAAAGGAUCAGCGUUGAAUGCUACUGUAGAUAUAGAGCAGUCACCUCAGUCCUACCAAAUCACACCUAAAGGUAAGAAGGUUGAGGUUUUGGUCAAUCCAGAGGACUAUGGCAUGGACCAGAACAGUGAUGACUCUACAGAUGAUGAGUCCGCACCCAGGAAACCCAUCCCUUCGUGGGCUGAGGGCAUGCAGCUUCAGCAAGCUAUUAUGAAGCAAUAUUACGACCCACUGGAUCUACACUCCUAUUUUGGGGAUGUUGAGCAACCAAAACUGGAGAAGAUUUUCCAAAGGAGCAAACCACGCUUCUUCAAGCGCACAAGCUCUGCUGUCUGGCACUCUCCCCCACGCAUUGGGGCCAUGCCCAACUAGCUGGGAACUGUCUCUGUUAGUCUUGUCUAUUUUUCUGUCUUUUUUUAUAUGUAAGCAUUUUAGAUUUGUGUUUAUAUAGAACAUUUUGGAUUUCACUUAAAUAAAGUGCUAUAAAUGUAUGAGAUCACAAAA